AUCGUUACUGACAGCAGGUGGAAAAUAUGAAAUUGAGUUGGGCGUGGUCGUAUUGCUAACAAAGGUGUUUUCUUCUCAGGACAAGGACGUCCUCGUUUAAUUUUAUCUCUGUUUUACGUUACAAGUUUGAAAAGUUUUUAAAGUUUUAUUGAAACACGAGAAAAUUUUGAAAAGAAGAAAAAUUUAUGUAAAAUAAUAAAACUUUAUUAAGUUGUUUAAUGGUGUGACCAAAAGUCUUCUCAUAUGGACAAAACUUUCAUCUUUAGCUAAAGAAUACCGUGUUACGACGCUUGAUGUGCGGAGGCGGUGGAUAAGUCUUCAAGGUUAUAGAUUCUCUCUCAAUUACUGACAUAAACGUAUCACACCAGUUUUACGUAAGCAGAACAACAUGGAUUGUAGUUGGUCGGAAACUUUAUCAGAUGUUAAGCAUUCCGAAAAAGACUAUCAAUGUCUUGUUGUUGAUUUUCCUAACAACAAUGGUGGAGAGUUAAAGAAAAAAGAUGAAGAAAUUUCUUUUAUAGACUGCUUCCGUCGAGAAGAGUACUUUCAAAGCUGUAAAACCUAUCUUCCUGUCUUUCAACACCAGUAGGUACUCAAAAAGUACAACGGCAACUCAACGCCACAAAAAUAAGGAACAAAGACGCAACGACAAGAUAUCAUCGAAUUAGGAACAAAACCAAGGGAAACCGACAAUGACUGGAAAACAAAUGUCGACAGCAUAGAAUUGUAGGAAACAUACUAACAAUGAUUUGAUAAUUUCUUUCUAUAGCGAACGUCUUUAUAGCUAAGUUUUUUUUCAGCAUGACAUGAUUCAUUUUCAAUGCCAUCUAUGCUGUUUUCUACUUGUAUUACUGUUGGUUUGUUAACUCAUGCAGAGUACAUCCCACAAUUGUCCAGAAAGUGCUUCCGAUUACCAAAAUAAAGACUUGGAAAUGAAGGAAAAGGAAGAUAAAAUAAAGGCGUAUUCGUAUUCAAGUACAAAGGAGAAAGUAUUGAUAGAGAACGAAGAACAUCUUUAUAUUCAAUGUUCCAGUAUUCGACAAAAGAUUAAACGUAAAUCAUAUCGACGUCUCCAUAUUAACCCUUACCCGAGUGAACUUUGCCAAUCUAGAAGCAAGAACGACGGGGAAUUGACUUGGAAGAUUUCACAGUUUAGCAAGGCAAUGGAAAAUGCAAGAGAAGGCGCUGAGGAACUUUUAAUAAGCGAUCCGUUCUACUCACAUGAAAACGGUUACAAAUUGUGCACUUGUUUGUGGAUCAACGGCUCAGGAAGGGCUAAAGGACGGUAUAUUUCAAUUGGAUUACAGAUAAUUGUUGGUGAUUAUGAUGACAGCUUAAUUUGGCCCGUCAGCCCUCGAUUUAUCUUCACUCUGCUUGACCAGCGUGAGGACCCGAAGCAGCGACGGAACAUCACGGCAAGUUUUGAUGCCAAAUCAAUAGCCAGACCAACAUACGAAAGACAAAUGGGAAAAGGUGCACGAAAGUUUGUGUUGCAAAGUGUUGCUGGAAACAACAAUUACUGCAAGAAUGACACAAUAUUCAUACGGUGCGCUGUUGUCAUCACCUCAAAAUUACAAACAAUUGUGGAUGUGUAGGAGCAUGUUGAGUGAAAAACUGUGAAAUUAUUAUGAGAAAAUUCCGAAGCUUUUGCUUGAAAAAAGUUGUAAAUUUAGCUUAGAGAAUAGAAUAAAAAUAAUUGACCACGAUA